AUGUUCUCUGUCAGUAAACUUAUAUGCCUGCUUGGCUUGGCCAGCACUUCACUUUGCCAAAAUGUCACAAAUUCCACAUUGCCCUACGCAUUCGGCAUGAUAGUCUUCCCUGGCUUCCAAGCCCUCGAUGUUUUCGGUCCCCUAGACGCACUGAACGUCCUUGCGUUUACAACCAAAAUAAAUCUCACAGUCAUCGCCGACACACUCGAUCCCGUAUCGACCAAUAAAGUCUCUUGGACUAAUAGCUCUGUCGGUGCUACGUUUGGAGAGACAAUUCUUCCAAGCCACACAUUCGCUACAGCACCACCACUUGAUGUCUUGAUUAUCCCUGGAGGUUUGGGAACAAGAGCACCGGGAACGGGAUUAGAUACUACAAUUGCCUUCAUCAAGGACCGUUAUCCUGCCGUCAAGUAUCUGAUCAGUGUCUGUACCGGUGCUGGUGUUGUUGCGAGGGCGGGUGUAUUGGAUGGGAAGUGUGCAACUACGAAUAAACUAGCUUGGGCAACUACUACUCCUUGGGGCCCAAAAGUUAAAUGGGUUGCGCAAGCUAGAUGGGUACAAGAUGGAAACAUUUGGACAUCUUCUGGAGUAUCUGCUGGAAUCGAUGUGACCAUCGCAUGGAUUGCGGCUGUCUUUGGAGAAGCAAAAGCUGUUGCUGUUGCCAACGGAAUGGAAUACCACAGACAGAAUAAUUCAACGGAUGAUCCGUUUUCUGCUUUAUACGGCUUGACCAACGCGAAGAAUUCAACGAACCAGGAGGUGGAUAGAUGCUAG